GUUGACUCCGGAACGGGGCAGGUGGGCGUCUAUUCAGUGGGUUUGUGGUCGACCCGUUCCCCAAGGUCACCUUAUCAUCGGCACGGUGCCAGGGAUGGCGUACUAUGCUCGCGCCAUCGGUCUGAUUUCCGUGCUACCGGAGCGACCUACCAUCAUUCACAUCGAGGCUCUUCUGAUCUUGGCCCUCUAUAGCCAGUCCCUUAACCGACAGCACUCCGCCUACCUCAUGGUCGGCAACGCCUUGCGCUUCGCACUCCUCGUCGGUCUGAACCACAACAUCCCGGACACCCAAUGCCCCGGUCGGAUUGCGCGAGAACAUCGUGUGCGUUUGUGGUGGACAAUCUACGUCUUUGAUCGGUCCUGGAGCCUGAAAUUAGGCCUGCCAGUGCAAUUCAACGAUGAAGCCAUCCACGUUGACCUGCCCACGAACCUCGACUCCGACAAUUACCACAACGAGCUCGUGGACAGCUCAUACCAAGCCGCUUUCGUCAGACUCGCCAGAAUCUCCAGCACAAUCAUGCGCACGAUCUACAGCCGUAGCAACUUCACCGAGACGUUCCUCCAGCGGGAGCAAAGGAUCCUCCUUGACCUGCAGGAGUGGACACAGUCCCUACCCAACCACCUCCACCUCCAUACCACCAGGCACAAUUCCAAAUGCACCAUUCUCGUCCAUCUCCAAUUCAACUACUGCGUCAUCCUGGCCAUCCGCCCAAUCCUCCUCACCCUCCUCAAUCAUCUCUCGCCAAACCUGACCCCCAACGAGCCCGCUAUCCCUGCAACCCUCGCCGCUCUCAAAGACGCAUGCAUCCAUUCCGCCCGCCACACUGUGACCCUCUGCACGAACGAAUGGACGAACGGCGCCUCCUCAACCUACGGCUACGCCUUCGCCCAGUACAUCUUCACUGCCGCCCUGAGUCUGCUCAUCUCAAGUCUGCUACCAGGUGGCACAGCGGAGGACCUCACGUCCGUGGAGACCGUCAUUGAGAUGCUGAAAUCCUUGGUCGCGAACGGUAGUCUCGUCGCAGAUGACUUGUUCCACCAUCUUGUGCGGGCACAGCACUGUCUGCGGAGCGGACGGUUCGCAUCAUGGGUGGCGAAGCAGCAGAGGUUGUCGCUGUCCGUCGCCUCCCCUUCGGCACAAUCUCCAUUUCCGGCAGUGCUUUGGUCCAAGGGACAGGCUGAUAAUCUCCCGAGCACGAGUCAAUUCGGUGCUGGAGGCGCAGCGGCAGAGUCCGCUUACAUGGUGCUAGAUCAGCCGCUCAUGCAGGAUUUCCUGACACAGGAUGUCGAGGAGUUUGGGUUCUUUGAUGCGGGGGUUAUGGCCGAGGUGGGAACGGAUCUCUGGCCUGGUUUGCCACUGUGGGCUGCUUGGUAACUUCCUAUCAGGUCUCUUUAAGAUUGGAUGCAUAA